CCAGCCUUUCCGUCACAAAAACGAGUGAUUGAUAACUAAUUUCUUUAUUUCAUUCUUUCCCACUUUCUACCACAGAGACUAUUGAUUAAGCAAAUUAACUCAGAAGCAUAUAUGGGAAACAUUUGUGCAUCAACUCAAUACGCAAGCAAAGGUGGAAACCAUAGUUGGCAAUCCACGGUGAACAUAGUUCACAUAGAUGGAAAGUUGCAACAAUUGAAGGAGCCUAUUAAGGCAUGGCAAGUGUUGUCUGAGAACCCAAACUGCUACAUAUGCUGCUCAGAAUCCAUGUAUGUUGGGUCACCAAUGCCUCCUUUGGCUCCAAGUGAAGAGCUUCAAUUGGGUCUCAUAUACUUCCUUGUUCCAAUUCCCAAAUCACGAAUCCCACUUUCUCUGCAGGACUUGGGAGCACUAGCCAUCAAGGUUAAUGCAGCUCUUGCUGCUGCAACACCUAAUUAUAGCUACCCUAUCUUAAAACCCAAUUCACAAAAAAAGUUCCGUACGCACCCUACUCUUUCUAACGUUUCUCUGGUGUAUUCCCAUUAGAUUUUGAAGAUGGGUUUAAAGGUUGAAUGUGUGAUAUUUUCACCCAUGUUGUAAAAGCUGUGGAUGAUGGUGAAGUCAAGGGAUCUAACUCAUUUGAUUGAGUAAAAUGCAUGAGUUAUUAUAAACUCCCUGCACUAUAUUCGAUUUGUACCGAUUAAAAAAAAAAAGAACUAUCCUUAAUUAGCCCACCAUGUCAGUGAUGCAGACUUGCAGUUGCAGUUUAGAAGUCCUAGAGAAACUUUCAUGAUAUACAAUGAAGAAUUAUGAUAGUUGAAAGUUGACAUGAGCUAAGGAAUUAAGGAGACGGAGACCAGAUCAAUUCCUAGCCAUUUUGGAGUACAGUACACAUGCAUGUACAACUUGUAUAAGCCAAAUCCAACUUGUAUGCUAUGACUAUGAGCCUAUGCUAUAGCUAGAUAAUAAACAUUUGUGCCAAAUAAUUAUUUCAUAUAUACAAUAAUAUUAAUUUUGUCCACUUAA